UUCUGUUUUCGAUUUUUUUUUGCGUUGUGAGAACUUAAUCCGCUCAUUGCAUGAGCAGCGUUCACAGUUUAUUUAAUUGUAACAAAUAAUCUUUCUGAAGGGUUUUUGCAUACAUUAUAAUAAAUAAUACAUUUUUCGUACACGCACGCCUAUGCACAUGUAGUCACGAAAUGGGACCCUUCGCCAUAUAUACGAAGUUUGCAGCAGUCAUCAUUAUAACACUUUCAUACCUUCCCAAACAAUGCUCAUCCCAGUAUAUCGGAGCUGUAAGAUGUUACGUGUGCCGAGGAAUAGCGCCUAAUUUCAGCAUCUUUUCUGCUAAUGUCAGUUGUCCAGAUACCGACGAUGUCCAAGCUACAACAAUUACAUACUGCGAAGCCUGCAUGAAGUAUGUCGGAGUGAUUUCGCCCAGGCUGCCUGCCCCAACAAAUGCAUCAGUAAAGCCCGCGGUGGAAACCAAGACCCUGCGAGCUUGUUACAAUCCUCAAAUUUAUGAGGGCCGACCGAAUUUGACUGUGGCUGCGCCGGAAAGCAGACCAAACAUGAACUACGUGACAACUAGAUUCACAGGCUCUCAAAUACAAACGAAUCCAAAAUCGCCUAGAAACUUUUUAUAUGGACCGGGAGACGUAUAUAUAUGCAACGAUGGAGAUUUGUGCAAUGCCGGAAGCCACUGGAAAGUCUCGCCGCAUACGGUUCUCCUUAGCAUGCUACCCUUAACGACGUAUUACUUUUUAACUCUUCUGAACUAAUGUUCUGGAAACCAAUAUUAGCAAUUAUUGCUGUUUGCUAAAGGUUUUCGGAUUUAUAUAUCCGCGUUCCGCAGUAAACAUAAUAUUAUGU